UGUAACGUUUGCGCUUGCGCUGUGCAGCGAACUGAUUUGCCACUAACAACUAACAACAAAACGAAACGCGAAUGCGACAAAGAUUAAUGUGUAUUUGAAAAUCUGUGGAAAAAUUCUGUUUAUUAGUACGAAUAUAUUAAUACAAGAAGCAUACAAGUGAGAAAUAUUAAAAAAAAGAAAAAUAAUAAUAAUAAACAAAAGCACAGUUGCUGCCGCUUUUCCAUCCAUUAGUAUGACAACGAGCUGCGGUAUGCCACACAUCAGUUGGAGCUGCGUCAGCCUUUGGCUUGCCACUUUGCCGCUGCUAAUGAAYGCUCAGCCACUCGUCGAUUUGGCACGCAAUUUCGAGACGUCACUACUCAAUACGCGUCUACCGGAUACUCAAACGUUCGAUGAGGCUUAUGAUUUCAUAAUUAUCGGCGCUGGUUCGGGUGGCUGUGUUGUUGCCAAUAGACUGAGUGAGAUUAGCAAUGCAACGGUGCUGUUGCUGGAGGCGGGCGAUCAAGAAACGUUCUUGAGUGACGUCCCCCUUACCGCCGCGCUCACCCAGAUGACACGCUACAAUUGGGGUUACAAGUCUGAUCCGACACCGAAUGCUUGCCAGGGUCUCAAAGGUUGUCUGGUAUAGGUCCGCGUGAGCAUUUGGCAGGGCUAGGCAUUCCCGUAAUGCGUGACUUGCAAGUGGGUUAUAACCUACAAGAUCACGUGACGCUGAAUGGUCUGGUGUUUACGGUGAAUGACACAAAGACUUUAAAUGAUCGCCGCCUAAUAAAUCCUACUGAUAUACUACACUAUAUUUUGGAGGGUAGAGGACCUUAUACAAUACCCGGUGGUGCAGAGGGCUUCGCUUUCGUGCGUACGCCAAACUCCACAGUUGAUAAGGACUAUGCCGAUAUGGAGAUUGUUUUGGGCGCCGGCUCGUUGAGUGGCGAUCAUAUGGGUUCCUUGCGUGACUUACUCGGAAUGCCCGAUGAAUUUUACUAUAAAGUUUAUGAAGGUCUCCACGAAAAGGAAACCUUUGGUCUGGUGCCGGUUCUGCUGCGUCCCAGCAGUAGGGGUCGCAUAUCCUUGCGCAGCACUAAUCCUUUUCAUUGGCCACGCAUGGAGCCAAACUAUAUGCAAGAUCCCGAUGAUAUACGUGCUAUGUUGGAGGGUGUACAAAUGAUUUUUCAAAUCACACAAACAAAAGCUAUGCGUCGUCUCGGCACCACAUUCAAUGCGAAACCGUUUCUGGGCUGUGAGCAUCUGACCUUACACAGUAAGGCUUAUUGGAAAUGUUGUCUGCGUCGUUACGGUUCCAGUUUGCAGCAUCAAGUGGGUACUUGUAAAAUGGGUCCACCAUCAGAUGCUGCUGCAGUAGUGGAUCCACAGUUACGUGUACACGGCAUAAAACAUCUGCGUGUGGUCGAUGCUUCGAUUAUGCCUACCAUACCGGCUGGACAUACGAAUGCUAUUGCGAUAAUGAUUGCAGAGAAGGCGGCCGAUAUGAUAAAGAAUUCUUGGCGUAUGCGGUAUAUSAAGUCAUUAGUUUUAGCAAUUAUUUACUCAAAUGAAUUCAUGAAAAAUUCUCGCCAUCAAUGUGAUCAACGAAACCAUUAACUGCCAUUAGUGCUACUAUUGUAAGCAAAAUAUU